GAAAGAGAGAAAAAGAGAGGGGGAAAAAGAAGUGUGGAGACUCAAACAAGCACAGCAUCCACACAAAGAGGAAAGGAAUCAAGGGAGGGAAUCCGAACAUUUCCUCAGUCCCCUCUCGUCGCGUUCUGAUAAUCAAGAAAACCAACAAUCAUCAGUGAGCGCAGACUUUUAUUCCGAUUUUUUCCCUCCCCUCAUCACACAAAGAAAAAAGGAAGAACCAAACAAAGAAGCUUUUUUUUAAAAUCUCAAAGAAGACAAUCAUCUACAAAUGAAAGUAGCAGCAAUGGCGCCCUCUCUGAUCCAGGCCUACAGAAGGCGCUGGUGGAUGGCGGUGACGGCGGUGAUUGAAAACCUGCUGUGUUCCGCCGUGCUGUUGGGCUGGGGCUCGUUGCUCAUCAUGCUGAAGAGGGAAGGUUUCUACUCUUACCUGUGCUCAGAGAACGACUCCGUGGUCAUUACUUCGGGGAACUCCUCCACUGGUGAGGUGGACGAGUGGGUCACCUGCGUGGACCAGGAGGAGAUGCUGAAUCUGGGAUUCACCAUUGGCUCCUUUUUGCUCAGCGCCACCACCCUCCCCCUCGGCAUCCUCAUGGACAAAUAUGGGCCUCGCCCAAUUCGCCUGGUGGGCAGUACGUGCUUUGGGCUGUCCUGUGGUAUGAUGGCUGUAUCUGCCUACAACACAAAUGUUCUGUCUGCGCUCAUCUUCUUGGCCCUGUCCCUGAACGGCUUUGGAGGCAUCUGUCUGACCUUCACCUCCAUCACGCUGCCCAACAUGUUUGGCUCCCUGAGCUCCACCAUCAUGUCCCUGAUGAUCGGUUCCUAUGCUUCGUCUGCUGUAACCUUCCCUGGAGUCAAGGUGAUUUAUGAUGCAGGUGUCUCCUUCGAUGUGAUCAUGUGGGUGUGGGCCGGCCUGGCAGGGUUUGUCUUUUUCAACUGUUUCUUCAACUGGCCCGCCGAAGGCUUCCCAACUCCAGAUGAGGUGGACUACAGCAAGAUCCAAGACCUGAAAGACCUGCCUCCAUCAGAGGAGAAGGAGAGACUCGGUCAUAAAAACGGAGACGUGCGACGCUCCACCGAGAAACUUCCUAAUGGUUGUGACGCUGCACCCAAUGCCGUUCCUUUCCGCCGCUCUGUGUUCUCUCCCAUCUUCCUGUGGAGUUUGGUUACCAUGGGAAUGUCCCAGCUGAGGAUUAUCUUCUUCAUGGGCGCGAUGAACAAGAUGCUGGAGUUCAUGGUCACGCACGGUCAAGCACAUCCAACUGAUGAGAUGGUGGCUGUAGCGGGAGAAAAGGUGGGCUUCUACUCCUCCAUCUUCGGCACACUGCAGCUGCUGUGUCUGCUCACAUGUCCUCUGAUUGGAUACAUCAUGGACUGGAAGAUGAAGGAGUGUGAAGACGAGAAGACUUCUGCUACACGCACAGAGACCAGCCCCAGCGGACAGAGCAAUGGGCCCAAGAGAGACCGCAAGAUCCAGAAAGUCACCAACGCCAUGAGAGCCUUUAUCUUCACCAACAUGCUGCUGAUCGCCUUCGGAUGCUGCUGCCUCAUCGACAACCUGCCUCUACAGAUUUUGACCUUCAUCCUGCACACCAUGGUCCGAGGCUUCAUCCACUCCUGCUGUGGAGGCCUUUACGCUGCUGUCUACCCGUCCAACCACUUUGGCACACUGACCGGCCUCCAGUCCAUGAUCAGCGCAGUGGUCGCUCUGCUGCAGCAGCCGCUCUUCAUCACCAUGGUGGGACCGCUGCAUGGAGACCCAUACUGGAUCAACCUCGGCCUGCUCAUCACUUCACUGUCCGGCUUCCUGUUGCCUGGAUACCUGUUCUACCACCGCAGAUGUCUGGUGAGGGAAAAGGAGGCCAGAGACAAGCAGGUCAGCGGCCCCGAGAUGCAGGCGCUCAACCACACAGAGGCCAACGGCUUCAAGCCCCACAGCAACGGCAUCUCUGCUGUGGAGGCUUAAGACAACGCAACACUUUCAGCUUCCAACGAACCAGAGCAGACACAUCGUCCACCCACAAAUUCAGAGCAGGACAGGAAAAGAUGUAUCAUUAUCAUUUGUUGCUGUUAAUUUAUUUUAGCUAAGGUCAAGGAGCCAAAUUAGAGUGAUUCAAAGCCAUCGGUCACUCACAUUAACAUGCAGAGUACUUGCACUCAUGUCCACUGCACUUGAAACAUGAUAUGUACAGUCACAGACGUCUGAAACAACAGCACAAUCCUAACGCUAACACCAAAGAACACCUUAAAGGUCCAGUGUGUAAGAAGUAGUGACGUCUAAUGGUGAGACUCCUCCCCUCACACUCCCAGGGAACCAUGGUGGCCUUUGCGUACCAGAAAGGAAGUUAUUGCUUUCCGCUAACGCAGUAAACCUCUGCUUUAAAAGUUGAAAGGCACACUCCAGCUGCUUUGUCCUGUCGGGCUGUUGUAGGAACAUAUGUGUUUCCACCGAGUGGUACGGUUCGGCACGGAACAUUUUUUUUUUUUGCGUUUCCAUUCGGAAUAGUACAAAAAUAACCGGCCCCGACCGUACUGUACCAUUUUACUCCCCUAAGGGAAGGGUACUGAAAACUGGAAUGGUACAGUCCGGGAGGAGCUAGAAGCGGUCUGUUGUGUCACGUUCAUUGUCGUCGCACUGGUACAGUAUGACUGCACGCUAAAGGUAAAGGUACUGUUCUCAGUCCAAACGCAAGCUUGACCCAGGGCUUUACCGAACCAAACUAUACCGUACUGUACUAAACCAAAUUGUACCAUGAUGGCAACACGGCUACAGUGGCACAAGAUGGCCGCCAUAAUGCCAGGACCUUGCAGCAAGUACAUAGAAAACAUUUUAAAGCAUACUAUACUAUACAAACAUACUAAACGUAUUCAGUUUCUGCGAAUAAACCCACCAUCAUCAUCUUACACACUGGACCUUAAAGAUAUUUGUUCAGUAUUUUUUUUUUUAUAAAGAGAAAAUAUUUCAUAUAUUGUGCUGUUUCUGCUGUAACCUAUUAGGAAAAAAUUUAAAAUAUAUACUCAAACACUAUUAAAAACACACUUAAUGAAAGAAAUGAAAGGAUCUGAAUCAUGAAUAAUAGAGUUUUGAUAUGUAGGAAGAAGGCUUAGGAGCAGUCACACAGACACACACACAUGCAGGUAGACUGGUUGUAGAGACAUAUCUACCUCCACUUUAAAAAGUUUUGUACAGUCUCUCUGCAGCCGACUCCUAUGUCCUUCCAACUUUGUUUUUUGUCAAAUAAGGAAGUAUUAAGUUUUAAAUGUCAGUGGCCCCAAAAUGAAAAUAAUCAGUGCACAUUUUUGUCCAUGUGUAUUUAUGUCAUGUUGAUUCUGCCCCCUUGUAUUUCUGGAACUGUUUUAGGACAAUCUAAUGUAAAAAGAAAAAAAAUUGAAGUCAUUUUUAAAGGUCGUUGUUAAACACUUUGUACUGCUUUAUGCACAGGAAUGAACUAGUGUGUGUAUAAAAUGUAUUUAAGUGUCCUUUUAUACUCGUAUAGCUGUCGUAGCAUGAAAAAGGGAAGAGUUUGUUUCUGUAUUUUAUUAGCGUGCUGAUUAAGUAUUCUUGUUUUUUUGUUUUUCUUCAUGUACUGGAGCAAACCUCCAAGUAUUUUGUAAAUAGAACUAAGAUGUGCCUUUUG